CGCCCUCGAAACGGAAGUGGCGUCAAUACCCCGCGCCGCCUUUGUCCGCCGCCUGCGGCGGGCGCUCCUCGCCGAGGUGGAUAUUUGCAGGGGUCGCAUGGUAUUAUUCCUAAUUACCCUUCUUGAAGGAAACAGAAAGCAGAAAGCAUGAUUACUGAAUGUCUCACAGGUAGUCCUAAGGACACGGUAACCUUCCCCGAUGUGGCUGUCAGCUUCACCCAGGAAGAGUGGAACUUACUGAACCCGUCUGAGAGAAAUCUCUUCAGGGAUGUGAUGCUGGAAAACUAUAAGAACCUGAUCUCAGUAGGUUAUCAUAAGGUCAAACCCAGUGUUAUCUCUUGGUUGGAACAAGAAGAUUUGUGGACAGUGGAGAAGGAAGUCCUUCAAGAAUGGGAACUGCAACUGAAAAAGAAUGUCUCGGCAUUUCAGCAAGAUAACACCAGAAAAGAAACAUCCAAUAAUAGAGAAAUGCAGAGAAGAAACCAGAACGAGUGGGAAGUCUAUACGUGUGACAAAUGUGGAAAUCCCUUUAAAAAUCCCUCACAUCUUCAUCUGCACAAUCCAGUUCACACUGGGGUAAGCGCCUUCAAAUGUAACAAAUGCAAGAAAGCCUUCAGUUACUCGAAGCAUUUGAAUGGCAGUCACGUGCAGACCCACACUAGAAAGAGAUACUGUCAGUCUAAGAAACGUGGGAAAGCCUUUACUCAGGCUUCAGGCUUUAGUGAGCAUACCAAAAGUCACACUGGAGAGAAGUCUUUCAAUUGUGAGAACUUUUGGAAAACGCUUACUACAUCCCCAAAAGUCACUAGAAACUUCAGGACGCGCAGUGGAGAUUACCCUUUUAAAUGUGACAAAUGUCACAAGGGCUUUGGCACGUCCUCAAACCUUACCACGCAUUAUAGAACCCACACUGGAGAGAAACCUUUUGAAUGUGACAUAUGUGGGAAGACGUUUAUCACCUCUUCCAACUUUGUGGUCCACAAGCGUAUCCACACGGGAGAGAAACCCUACAAAUGUAAGGAGUGUGGGAAAGGCUUCAUAUGUUCCGUGCCCCUUAACAACCACAUGCGAACCCACAGUGGGGAGAAGCCCUACGAGUGUAAGGAAUGUGGGAAAGCCUUCAGCCAGACCUCCAGCCUCACCUACCACAUGAAAAUCCACACAGGAGAGAAGCCUUUUCAGUGUGAGUCAUGCGGGAAGGCCUUUGCCACGUCUUCACUCCUUACUAAGCAUUUUAGAUCUCACACUGGAGAGAAGCCUUUUGAGUGUAACAUCUGCGGGAAGACCUUCACCACUUCUUCAAACUUCAGCGUCCAUAAGCGUAUUCACACCGGCGAGAAGCCCUACAAGUGUAAGGAAUGUGGCAAAAGCUUCAUCCGUUCCGUGCACCUAGACAAUCACGCCCGUACCCACAGCGGGGAGAAACCCUACAAGUGUAGGGAGUGUGGGAAAACGUUCACCACCUCUUCCUACUUAAUGGUCCACAAGCGGAUCCACACGGGAGAGAAACCCUACAAAUGUAAGGAGUGCGACAAAGGCUUCAUCGACUCUGCCCACCUCAAAAACCACAUCCGCACCCACAGCGGGGAGAAGCCCUACAAAUGCAGAGAGUGCGGCAAGACGUUCACCACGUCCUCCUACUUCAUCGUCCACGAGCGCAACCAUACCGGAGAGAAGCCCUACGCGUGUAAGGACUGCGAGAAGAGGUUCAUAUGCUCCAAACAACUCAACUACCACAUGCAAACCCACACGGGAGAGAAGCCCUACGCGUGUAAGGAAUGCGGGAAAGCCUUCAGCCAGUCCUCCAGCCUCACCUACCACAUGAAGCUCCACACGGGAGAGAAGCCCUUUCACUGCGACACGUGCGGGAAGGCCUUCGCCACAUCUUCACUCCUCACCAGGCACUUCCGGUCUCACACCACAGAGAAGCCCUUCGAGUGUAACGUCUGCGGGAAGACGUUCACCUCGUCCUCCUACUUUAUCAUUCACAACCGCAUCCACACUGGAGAGAAACCCUACGAAUGUAUGGAAUGUGGGAAAGGCUUCAUAAGCUCUAGGUACCUUAACAUUCACAUGCGGACCCACACCGGACGAGUUCGUGCUUCUUCUUUUUUUUUUUUUUUUUCCUUUUUUUCCCUUUUUUCUUGUCUCUUUCCUCCUUUAGUUCACUCUCUCCUCUUCAUUCUUGGGAAGCUGCCCCAGAAGGCCGGGCCCAAGCUAAAGAUGGACUCAAGUCAGAAGAAUGUGGCUGUGAAAUUAAAGGAUGUGGCUGUGAAAUUCACACCUGAAGAGUGGAAAUUUAUGGAUCAUGCCCAAAGGAAGCUCUACAGAGAUGUGAUGUUGGACACCUGCAAGAUCCUGGCAUCACUGGAUUAUUGUAUUCAAGUCAAAAGCAGAGUAUCAAGACCUCAGCAUGAUACUGUGGAGAAUAGAACUUCCAGUAAAGAGGAUAUAGUAAAACUCACAAGAAAUGAUUCCUGGUGUGUUUUUGGAAAAAACUGGAUGAUUUAUAACUUUGGAGAUCAAUACCAAAUCCAGGAGAGGUGUUUGAGUGUGAAUCCUAUUGAGAAUAGAAGUCAUUUUGUGGAUACUUUCUGUGGAAGUCAUGAAAAAAAUAAUUAUGAAAAAAUGAACCAUACUACAAAUUCUGCUGUGCAUGAGAGAGAUCCUACCACACUGAAAUUCUGUAAAUGCACUAAGUGUGAAAAAGUUUUCACAGAAUGCCUUUUCAUAAAGAACCAAAAAAUCUCUUACUCUGAAAACAAGCAGUAUCAGUGUGAGGAAUGUGGGCACGCCUGCCGUUGUGUCUUACUCCUAAGCACUCGUGUGGAAACAGACGUUGUAGAUAACAAAUGUCAGGAUACUGGGAGGUCAUCUAACAGAAACAAGAACACUCUAAAUAGUAAGAACAUUGAGUUUAAGAAGUCUGGAAAAGCUUCUACUUCCUCUUCCUCCUCGGGAAAUGCAAUAGGUCACUGUGAACAGAAAGUACUUGGGUGUGAAUUUUGUGUAAGAAUCUAUAAGUUUCCAUCUUAUGUUACGCAACGUGAAAGAAUCCACCCUGAUCCGAAACUCUAUACAUGUAAGGAAUGUGGGAAAACUUUCACUCAGUCUUUAUAUCUUCAACACCAUGUGGUAGUGCAUGCAGUGCGUGCUAGAGAGAAACCCCAUGAAUGCCAGGAGUGUGGGAAAGCCUUCAGUUCAUCAUCAUACCUUCAAAGACACGUAAAAAUGCACACUGGAGAGAAGCCUUACAAGUGCCAAGAAUGUGGGAAGGCUUUUUGUCAUUCCUCACUCCUUCAAAGACACGUGGGAUUGCACACAGGCAAGAAACCCUACGAAUGUAAGAAAUGUGGGAAGACUUUUGGUCGUUCUUCAGACCUCCAAAGACAUGGGGCACUGCACACUGAAGAGAAACCCUUCAAGUGCCAGGAAUGUGGGAAGGGUUUCAGACGUUCCUCAGCUCUUCAAAUACAUAUCAGAACGCACACUGGAGAGAAACCGUACGAAUGUCAGGAGUGUGGGAGGACUUUCAGUUAUUCUUCAAACUUCGAAGACCACGUGAGAUUGCACACUGGAGAGAAACCCUACGAGUGUCAGGAGUGUGGGAAAGCCUUCAGUUCUUCAUCAUACCUUCAAAGACAUAUAAGAAUGCACACUGGAGAGAGACCUUACAAAUGCCAAGAAUGUGGGAAGGCUUUCGGUCAUUCCUCACUCCUUCAAAGACACGUGAGAUUACACACAGGCAAGAAACCCUACGAAUGUAAAAAAUGUGGGAAAGCUUUCAGCCGUUCUUCACACCUUCAAAGACACGAGAUGCUGCACACUGGAGAGAAACCCUUCAAGUGCCAGGAAUGUGGGAAGGAUUUCAGACGUUCCUCAGCUCUUCAAAUACACAUAAGAAUGCACACUGGAGAGAAACCCUAUGAAUGUAAGGAAUGUGGGAAAACCUUCAGUUAUUCUUCCAACUUUCAAGACCAUAUGAGAUCUCACACUGGAGAGAAACCUUAUAAGUGUCAGGAAUGUGGAAAGACUUUCAGUCACUCUUCGUCCCUUCAGGCACAUUUGAGGAAUCAUACUGGAGAGAAACCCUAUGAAUGUCAGGAAUGUGGGAAUGUUUUCAGCCAUGCCUCAGAUUUUCAAAAACAUGUGAGAAUACAUGCUGGAGAGAGACCUUAUGAAUGUCAAGUAUGUGGGAAAUCUUUCGGUAGCUCUUCGUCCUUUAAUAGACAUGUGAAAUUGCAUGCUGAAGAGAAACCCCAUUAAUGUCAGGAGUGUGGGAAAAACUUUCAGUCAGUUAUCAUCCCUUCAAAUCCACACAAGAAUGUACACCAGAGAGAAGCCCUAAUAAUGACAGAAAUAUGGGAAAGCUUUCAGUCACUCUUCAUGCCUUCAAAGACGUAAGAAUGCCCACUGGAGAGACACCUUGUGAAUGACUAUCAUUUGGAAAGAUUUUAGUCAAUUCAGACAUUUUUACACAUACUUAGGAAAACAUGGUUAAGAGAAAUCCUACAAAUAGUAGGAAUCUGAGAAGUAAUAAAGCUGUUUGAUAAUCCUUCAGUAAUGUUGAACACAUACUUUCAAGUGUCAGCUUGAGUGUCAGCACUGCACAGAAGCCUUUAUCUUUAAAAAAAUAUCUUAUUCAUUUCUAUUUAUUUACUUAUUAUUGGAUAGAAACAGAAAGAAAUUGAGAGAGAGAGGAAGAUGGAGAGGGAGAGAGACAGACAUCUGCAGCUCUGCUUCACCACAUGUGAAGCUUUCCCGCUGCAGGUGGGGACCAGGGGCUUGAGCCUGGGUCCUUGUGCACUGUAAUGUGAGCACUUAACUAGGUGCACCACCAUCUGGA